CUUCCCUCUCCUCACCCCCACCGCCGCCCAUCUCCGCCAUGUCCAGCCUCCACCACCUCCCUUGGGCCCUCCUUAACUCCUGCUCCGACAUCGACCAUUUCCCUCCGCCGCCCACGCAGUCCGGGAAGAAGAGAGACGCGGCGGAGAGAAAAUCAUGUGGCGGGGCCGCGUCCGCUCAUGACAUUCAUAUUUGGACGGAGAGAGAACGCCGGAAGAAAAUGAGAACCAUGUUCGCUAAUCUUCAUGCUUUGCUUCCUCAUCUUCCGGCUAAGGUAGACAAAUCCAGUUUAGUUGACGAGGCAGUAAAUCACAUAAAAACCCUUCAACAAACCCUUCAAAAUCUCCACAAACAGAAGCUGGAAAGGCUCAACAACGACACUAAUCCAUCUCUGAGCUUCUCCAAGAUUGUUCAUCAUCCCUCCGCCCGUUCCUCAGCCGCCACAACCCGUGAGGCCUUCUUGGCCAACCAAGCUUCCUCCACCAACGACAUGUCGUCCACUCUAUUUCCUCAGCUUUCCACCGCCGCUGCUGCAGGCGACAAUGUUGUUAGUAUUCUCCCUUCGCCACCCUCCUCCUUCCAGACUUGGUUGUCCUCCAACCUCGUCUUGAAUGUUUGCGGCCACCAUGCCCAUUUCUGUAUCUGUUCCGUCAAGAAGCCUGGUUUGUUCCCCACGCUUUGUUAUGUUCUUGAGAAGCAUCAAAUCCACGUUGUUUCUGCUCAUGUCUCCUCGGAUUACCAUCGCUCCUUCUUUAUGAUUCAUGCCCACAUGAACGGAGGUUACGAUGAAUUUGAGGCGGCUACGGUGGCGGAAGAUACGUUCAAGGAAGCUGCGAGGGAGAUCAUCUUCUGGUUGUCUUCUUGAUGGGAUUGUCCCAUAGAAUUUUGUCUUGUUUAUAAAAUAUAGAUGCUUGAAUGUUUUUGACUAGGGAAAUUUCUACUCAAUAAAUGCUAUUAGGUUCUUUAACUUGAAUACGAA